AUGACCUCUACCAUCGAUCCAAAGACCAUCGGCCAGCCCCCCAAGCGCCCCCGCAGACAUGUUCGGUCAUUGACUGGGUACCUGCCGGAAACGGACGCUACGGGCAAGGAGGUUUGGCCGAGGGGAGAUGAGAAGGUGUGGAAGGCUGCGAUGCGUGGCCUAGAUACCGAUGUACCAUCCAUCGUCAGGUCGGUGGUGAACCAUGUACAGACAUCUCUUGCGAGGCAAGCAUACAACCUCGACAACUUAGGGGCCUACCAGGCUGCUGCGCUCUCCGUGCGCGAUAACCUCAUCCUGAACUGGAAUGACACGCAAAUGCACUACACGCGAAAGGAGCCGAAGCGCGCAUACUACCUCUCGCUCGAAUUCUUGAUGGGACGCACGCUCGACAACGCGCUGCUGAAUCUCGGGAUGAAAAUGGAGUACAAAGAAGGCGUGCACGCGCUUGGCUAUAAUCUCGAGGACAUCCUCGAGCAGGAGCGCGACGCUGCGCUCGGGAACGGCGGCCUUGGCCGGCUCGCCGCGUGCUAUCUCGACUCAAGCGCAUCACAAGAGCUGCCCGUGUGGGGCUAUGGCUUGCGCUACAAGUACGGCAUCUUCCAGCAGCUCAUCUCCCCCGAGGGCGCCCAGCUCGAGGCGCCUGAUCCGUGGCUCGAGCACUCCAACCCGUGGGAGCUGCCCCGCCUGGAUGUUGCAUACGAUGUGCGGUUCUAUGGCCAUGCCGAUCGUCUUGAUAACGGAAGGGCGGUCUGGAGUGGAGGGCAGGAGGUUUUGGCGAUUGCGUACGAUACCAUGAUACCGGGCUAUGAUACGAAGAGUACGAACAAUCUCCGUUUGUGGGAGAGUAAGCCGAAGCGUGGCUUUGACCUGAACAGCUUCAAUGCCGGUGACUAUGAGCGCGCUGUGGAAUCAUCUAACAGCGCUGAGGCCAUCACGUCCGUUCUGUAUCCGAAUGAUCACACGUCCUUCGGUAAGGAGCUGCGACUCAAGCAGCAGUACUUCUGGACUGCUGCCAGUCUUGCCGAUAUCAUGCGGCGUUUCAAGAACAUGGGCAAGCCGCUCACUGAACUUCCUGACUACGUGGCUAUCCAGCUGAAUGACACUCACCCGACGCUCGCGAUCCCUGAGUUGAUGCGCAUACUCGUGGAUGAGGAAGAAGUUCCAUGGGACGUGGCGUGGAACAUCAUUACAAACACGUUCUUCUUCACGAACCAUACGGUCCUUCCGGAAGCGCUUGAGAAAUGGCCGGUGCCGUUGAUGCAAUCCUUGCUGCCCAGGCACAUGCAGAUCAUCUUUGAUAUCGUGACUGUAGAGAAGAAGUUCCCUCACGACAGGGAGAAGCUGGCGAGGAUGUCUCUCAUUGAGGAGGGAUUUCCGCAGUACAUACGCAUGGCGAACUUGGCUUGCAUUGGUAUCAGGAAAGUCAACGGUGUAGCUGAGCUCCACAGUGAGCUACUCAGGUUGACCAUCAUGAAGGACUUCGUCGAUUUCUAUGGUGUUAGCAAAUUUUCCAACGUCACCAACGGCAUUACUCCGCGUCGCUGGCUCGACCAGUGCAACCCUGCGCUCAGCAACCUCAUCAGCGAGACCCUCAAGCUAUCGAAGGCUGCCUUCCUCAAGGAUCUGUACAAACUCGAGGGCCUGCUCAAAUUUGUCGACGACCCCGGAUUUCAGCGUAAAUGGGCAGCGAUCAAGCAGAGUAACAAGGAGCGUCUCGCACACUAUGUGGAGACGACACUGGGAUUGAAAAUCAACACGAAUGCCAUGUUUGACGUGCAGAUCAAGCGUAUACACGAAUACAAGCGUCAAACCUUGAAUAUCAUGGGUGUCAUCCAUAGAUACCUCACCCUCAAGGAAAUGACUCCUGUUGAGCGUAAAAAGGCCAAUCCCAAGGUGGUCUUUUUUGCCGGCAAGGCUGCGCCAGGAUACUAUAUUGCCAAGCUUACUAUCCGACUGAUCGUCAACGUUGCCCGUGUUAUUAACGCUGACCCCGAUACCAAAGACUACCUCCAGCUUUACUUCCUGCCGGACUACUCGGUCUCGCUCGCCGAGAUUUUGAUUCCUUCUUCAGACAUCAGUCAGCAUAUAUCCACGGCCGGAACUGAGGCCUCCGGUACGUCGAACAUGAAGUUCUGCCUGAACGGCGGGCUGCUUCUCGGAACCGUCGAUGGUGCAAACAUCGAGAUUGCUGAGGAAGUUGGCGAAAACAAUGUCUUCUUCUUCGGUCAUUUGACGCCAGCGGUUGAGGAUCUUCGCUAUCAGCACAUGUAUCAUCCAGUUCCGAUUGAGCAGAAAUGCCCUCCUCUGGCCCGAGUGCUGAAAGAGGUUUCGGAUGGAUUGUUCGGUGACGGCGGCGUCUAUGAGCCGCUUCUCAACACUAUUCGUCAAAACGAUUAUUACUUGUUGACUGAGGACUUCGACUCUUACAUCCAGGCACUGAAGUUGGUUGAUCAGGCAUACCAGGAUCGGACUGAGUGGAUCAAGAAGAGCAUUAGGACGACAGCCAAGAUGGGCAAGUUCAGUUCGGAUCGUGCUAUUCAGGACUAUGCUCAGGAAUACUGGAACAUCGAGAGCACGAAGCCGGAGUGA